AUGCGGCCCCUCUGCGCUCCGCUCGCCCUGCUCUGCCAGGUGCUGGGUGCCUGGGCUGCCUGCGCCCUGGCCCCGGACCCCGUCGCAGCCUCUGGGCCGCCGGCGACCCCGCAGCGCGCCCGCUCGCCGCCGGCCCCGCCGCCCCUCGCCCCGGGCGGGCGGGCGGCCGCGACGCUCCCGGGGCGCGGAGCCCUCCCUGGCGGGGCCGACGCCGCACCCGGCGGAGCGGCGGGGCCGGGCGGCAGCUGCGCGCCACGCGGGGCCCCGGGGACCGGGCGACGGCGGGCGCGGAGCAGCGAGCCCGGAGCCCGCGCGGCGGAGAGGAGGGGCGGGGCGGGCGGCCCCCGCUGGCUGCCCCUGAACGGCUCGGUCGGCGGCGAGGGCAGCGCCGGGGGCCGCGGGAACGCCACGGGGCGCCGCGCCCGGCUCCGCAACCCCUUCUACCCGCUGACCGAGGAGUCGUACGGCGCCUACGCCGUCAUGUGCCUCUCCGUGGUGAUCUUCGGCAUCGGCAUCAUGGGCAACAUGGCAGUGAUGUGCAUCGUCUGCCACAACUACUACAUGCGGAGCAUCUCCAACUCCCUGCUGGCCAACCUGGCCUUCUGGGACUUCCUCAUCGUCUUCUUCUGCCUGCCGCUGGUUAUCUUCCAGGAGCUCACCAAGAAGUGGCUUCUAGAAGACUUCUCUUGCAAAAUCGUCCCGUACAUUGAGGUGGCCUCUCUGGGCGUCACCACGUUCACGCUGUGCGCUCUCUGCAUUGACCGCUUCCGAGCCGCCACCAACGUGCAGAUGUACUACGAGAUGAUCGAGAACUGCGCCUCCACCACGGCCAAGCUGGCCGUCAUCUGGGUGGGCGCGCUGCUGCUGGCCCUGCCCGAGGUGGUGCUGCGCCAGCUGGCCACCGAGGAGCCCGAGUACAGCGGCAGCCCGCCGGGCGAGCGCUGCGUGGUGAAGAUCUCCACGGCCCUGCCCGACACCAUCUACGUGCUGGCUCUCACCUACGAUGGGGCGCGGCUCUGGUGGUACUUCGGCUGCUACUUCUGUUUGCCUACCCUGUUCACUAUUACCUGCUCCCUGGUGACAGCGAGGAAAAUCAGGAGGGCAGAAAAAGCCUGCACGAGGGGGAACAAGCGACAGAUUCAGCUGGAAAGUCAGAUGAACUGCACAGUGGUGGCUUUGACCAUUUUAUAUGGAUUUUGCAUCAUUCCUGAAAACAUUUGCAACAUUGUGACUGCCUACAUGUCCACAGGGGUCUCUCGACAGACUAUGGACCUCCUCCAUCUCAUUAGUCAGUUCCUUUUGUUCUUUAAGUCCUGUGUUACCCCAGUUCUCCUGUUCUGUCUCUGUAAACCUUUCAGCCGGGCCUUUAUGGAGUGUUGCUGUUGCUGCUGUGAUGAAUGCAUCCAGAAGUCUUCCACGGUGACGAGUGAUGACAAUGACAACGAGUACACCACAGAACUGGAGCUCUCCCCAUUCAGUACCAUUCGUCGUGAAAUGUCGACUUUUGCUUCAGUGGGGACUCACUGUUAAUUCACCUUAGGACUUCAUUUCCUGCAUCUUUUUCCUUUUUCUUUUUUUUUUUACUUCAUAUUUUUCUUCUUGAAGCAAAAUGCAGGAAAAAAAAAAUCACUGUUGAAAACUACUCUUGAAACCAAUCUGUAUUAACAGUCAUGCUUUGGAAAAUAAUUUCUUUGGUUAUUAAAAGGAAAGAGAGAGAGAAUGAGAGCCAGCACUCAGUUGUACAUCAUGAGGUUUUGUAUGGUGCUAGGAUUUCAUUGGUUGAGGAGGAGGAUCCAUAUCAAUUUAUUUAAUUCUGUAGUAUUUUUUUGAUAAUCACUGUAAAAUGUUUAUAUAGACAUUGUGGGCUUUGCAAGGUGUUUUCAUGUAAAAGACGUGGUGGAAAGUAUUUGAAGGUAGUUUUAAUCAAAUUACUGUACCCUAUUUUGAGAGGACUUGGGCUUCAGAGAAUUUAUAAAGUAGCAUAAAAAUAAAUGAGGUUUUAUUCUUUAACUUGAUUGUCAAUCUACGUUUAACAAAGACACCGAUGAGUAGUAUUAAAUUGCUUUACUAAGUAAAAAAAAGAACUUUGCAUAUCAUAAUUUAGGUAGCCAUAUUUAAUUAACAUUUGAGUACUUACACUUGGAGGAUAUAAUUAGAGUGUUUAAAAAAGAUGAUUAUAAUGGUAUUAGAUUUAUAGGAGUGGGUUUUUUAAUGUUAUAUUAUGAAGGUUCAAUGUGCCUCAUUGAAAAUUUUCUUCUUAACCUGCAGGUAUGCAAAAUCUUGAGUUAUUUUAUACUUCUUACAAAGAAACACUCACUUUAUCACUGAAUUUUGUCUCAUGUGAUUUCAAAAUGAAGAUUCUUUCCAGGAUGCUAUUGGUUUGAGUUUAUUUCCUCCGUCUCUGUAUAUAUAGCUCCUACUGGCUUCAGUGAGAAGCUUCAUUGCUGAGAAAGGCAUUUUUUGUGCCAGAGGUUUGCUGACAAUAAAUGUGAGGGACUGAAACAUGCAGAGAGUGAAUUCCUUCUAUUUUAAAAGGUAUAAACACACUUGCACACUUGGGGCUUGACCUAGAGCCCAUGGCAGUCAAUGGAGAGGUUUCCAUCAAUUUCAGAGAGCUUUGAAUCAGACUGGCAUCUCCUAUUUGUUCUGGGAUGUGUAGCAUGAAUAUUAAUCACAGGGGCUCUGUGUGCUGGUUCAGAACCAUGCUGCUCUCAGAGACUGCUAUUCACUAGCAGCUCACAGCCCUGAAGCUGGUUUUGAGAGCCACUGUGUGUUUUGCUGAUGGCUUCUUGCUGUCCACAGAGUUGUUAAAAUGAGGAGGGUAUGUCAACACUGCCAGCAAGUGUGAUAGAGUAAAAUCCAAAGUUGUUAUAAGCAUGCCAGGCUGGAGACUGCAAAGUGCCUAUCCCUACCAGCAGAGCUUAUAUCCCCACUCUUGGCUGAAGCAGACAUUCUGUUCUUGGCAGGCAAGCGGGCUCGUAUUUACACUGGGCAGCAGGCUGAAGUGUAGACACAUGCUGAGGAACUGAAUUUUUUAUAGAUAGCUUGUAUUUUAUUACUAAUUAAAUAAAUAAUGCAGCUGUAUUGAGCAGAAGGAA